GGCGCCGAUCGGAGCACCCACAGCAUCGGCGAACGAAACGCGCGUUCCAAAUUCGAAAAAUAAAAAAUUAAACAAAAACAACCAGUUACAAAACAAUUACGAAAAUAUUAAUAAUUUGGCGUAUUUUUUUUUUUCGUGGAUUUUGUAAUUUUGUGUGAAGUGGUUAAAGCAUAGUGUUGAAAGUUAACUUUUGCAUUCGAAAACUGAAGUUUUUUGAAAGUUUUCGAAGGGUCACGCUUUUUUUCAGAAAUGUGACCGCCCCUCACAAUGGCGGCGCUACACAUCGCCUGGUCUUCCCGGGAGACGUUCCUGUUGAAGGUGGACACUAAGACCUGAACCAUGACCAGACAAACAGACUAAAAUGGAGUUCGCCUCUAUAUUUCCUACAAAUGUGGCGCUAGAAGAGAAUGAGACGACGGUGGAGUUCGAAGAUGGAGAAGAGCCGGACGCGGUGACACUGCUCUCUAUACUGCUCGUCGGCAUAUUCCUAUCGCUCCUAAUAUUCCUGAGUGUGGCGGGCAACAUCCUAGUGUGCGUGGCGAUCUACACGGAUCGCGGUCUGCGACGGAUCGGCAACUUGUUCCUCGCGUCGCUCGCCAUCGCCGACAUGCUAGUUGCCGCUGCUGUAAUGACAUUCGCUGGUGUUAAUGACUUGCUUGGGUACUGGGUAUUCGGCGAGCAGUUCUGCGACACGUGGGUAGCCUGUGACGUCAUGUGCUCCACCGCGUCCAUCCUCAAUCUGUGCGCCAUUUCACUCGACAGAUACAUACAUAUCAAGGACCCUCUCAGAUACGGUCGCUGGGUGACACGGCGCGUGGCCAUCAUCACUAUAGCCAUGAUCUGGAUAUUAGCUGCCUUAGUCAGCUUCCUGCCCAUCUCUCUAGGGCUCCACAGACCUGACGAGGAAGCUCUAGCGACGCAGCGUCCCCCGCGGUACCCCACCUGCGCCCUGGUCCUGACCCCGACAUACGCCAUCGUGUCCAGCUGCAUAUCCUUCAUACUGCCGUGUAUUGUCAUGAUCAGUAUAUACUGCAGGCUCUACUGCUACGCGCAGAAGCACGUGAAAUCCAUUCGUGCCGUGACCCGGACCGUGCAGUUACCGGACAACCGGACCAAAUCCGUCCGGACCAGGGUGCACACACACGUGCACUCGUCCCCGUACCACGUGUCUGACCACAAAGCGGCCAUUACUGUCGGCAUCAUUAUGGGGGUGUUCCUCCUCUGCUGGGUGCCUUUCUUCUGUGUCAAUAUCGUGGCUGCUUUCUGCAAGACUUGCAUACCUGACCUAGCCUUCAAGAUCCUCACGUGGCUCGGCUACUCCAACUCGGCCUUCAACCCGAUCAUCUACUCUAUCUUCAACACAGAGUUCAGAGAGGCCUUCAAGAAGAUCCUCACAUCACGAUAUCCACCUUGCUGCGGUUACCAAACAGUCAGAGCCAAUACGCCGCCGACAAGAAACGACAACUUCGUCACAGAUUUUGGGACGAAGACUUUGGUUGUCCGAAGGAGCGGCUCCUUAGGGCUGUCAGGAGUAGAUCCUACUCCAAGAUCGUCCGCGGAGUCAGUAAGACCACUCAGGGACUAUCAAAUCUGACAAGAGGACGGGAGUAGUAACAAUGGGCUACUCAACAAAAGUGACGUAGUGUAAACCGGUUAGUAUUUAGGUUAUGUAUAUUACACUGACAACUGAAUGAUUAAUUGUAUGUUUGAAGUAGCUGUUUAAUGAGUGUUAAUUAAAAUAUUAUAAAGUAUUUUUCUACCUUUCGUUUCAUGUUAUAUGGCUCUCUAACUUAUAUAUUAUUACAAAAUCAGUUUUGAUUUUGCCGUCGAAAAAUUCUUGUUAUCUGUGUUUUAUAUUAUUUUUACUUUUUCUUUUCACCCAAAGGUUGGCUGUAAUGAAAAUGCAUUUAAAAUAAGUCCGCCUUUGCGAUUUUUUUUUUUAGAUUUAUGCUACAACUCAUGUAUUUUCUUUAAAUGAUGCGAUAAAUAGUUGUUCUAUCUAUAUAUUAUUUUAAACGAUGGUUUUUCGUAAUAAUUUUCUAUUGUCACUGAAAUUGUUUUCCGUAAAUUAUUAAAUUAGAAAAUUUUUACAAAUAUUAACCGAAAAGUUUCCGAAUUAAUAGGCUUUUUGAAAAUAAAUGUAGCAUAAAAGUGAUCAUUAAUCACUGAAUUACCUAUAUCUAUAUGUCAAAAAUUAUAUGUAAGAUGUGUACCCUAACACCUAUUCUCUCACUUUUCUGCAAUAUGUGCAAGUGAUUUCGGGAAAAGGGAUGGCAAUAUGUUACAGGAAACUGGGGAUAUGUGUUAUUUUAUUCCUGCCCAAUAAGGUCACCCGUCGGGUUCUUGUGAAGAUGAGAUAUCAGAUAUUACACGUGAUAUGUUGCUACUUUAACAACUACUAUAACAUCGCUCAUUUUUUAUUGAUCUCAUAUAAUUUAAGCAUGAUUUUAUUUGGAAACAGUGUUUCUCUCAUUAUUAUAUAUGAAAUAAUAUAAAAGGGGAAAACACUGCUCGCCACGACACAGGGAAUCCUAGUGUGGUGAACAGUGACACUGUUGCUUUGUAAUAAUGUAUAUUUUCAGUACGAAAUAGAUAUUUCUUAUUUUUAUAACCAAUAGUUAUAAAUUGAAAUUAUUUCUGAUUCUAUUUUUCAACAUCACUAUACGGGUACAGUCAAUGAUUCUAAUUUAAAUUAACCAUUAACCAGAUUUUCAACAUUAAACUAACAUGAAAGCUGCUCAACGGACCAUAUUGCGCUAUUAGGCAAUAUAAUUAUUUCGAGUAAAUAUACGCUCAUAUGUGCUACGCCUAAAAUAAUUGACUACAUUCUGUCUAUGAAAAGCAGAAAAUAAAUAAAGGCACUGUGACCUUUUUACUGGCAACACUGUUCUGCAACCAAUCUGGACCACUAGAUUUGGUAGAUUGGGUAAAAAAAUAAGUUAAAAUCUCUUUUCUACUAUUUAUAGGCAGACUAGUUGCGGUGUGGUACUUCGUCUGUCAUUGGUUUCAAACGGCUGCGGCUACCUCUGAAGCACCAGUUGGAAAUACAGCGGUCAUCGAUAAAUUGGGCUGUCAAUCGCAAAAUGCUCAAAUGUUAGCAGUUCACAGGUUGACGCGUUCGAAUUGAUUUUAGAACUUUUGACUCGGUACGUUUUUUUUUAAUAAACGUUAUUUACAAACGACAAUUUAAAGUUAAAUUUAAAUAUGGGAUAAAAAAACUGAGCUUUCCUGAAGUUUUCUACUCAUUAUUUAAAAAGCAUGUGUGACAUGCAUAAUUAUAACUUCUUUAUAUGCAAUAAAAUUUCGUGUCACAAUGUUAGUUGACAUACUACUCCGAAACGUCUUGACCGAUUUUUAUGAAAUUUUGUUUGUUACCCCCAACACAGAUUAUUUAUUCAUAAAUUAGGCCAGUUAAAAGAUUCUUGUCGUGGUUGAAAUUUAAAAUAGGAUAAUGACGGUGAUCGAAAUACACAAAAAUUACAAAUACAGCCCUCGGCUUUGCCUCAGAUCUCCUAAAUCCCGCCUCGUAAGUAUGUAAUGUAUGCCUUAUAUAGUACAUAAUAUGUAACCUUUCUAUCAUGUCUAAACGUUUAUCCUUAUUCCUUACAUAUUAUAGCAUAGUCCUCUGUCGCGUCUGUCUAUCUGUCUGUCUGUUCGCGAUAAACACAAAAACUAUUGCAUUGAUUUAGUCAUGCGGUUUUCACCAAUAAGAAAAAAGGAUUCCUGAGGAAGGUUUCAGUGUAUAGUUUAUUGUGUGUUUAUCCGAGUGAAGUAUUUGUGCAAUAAAGUAUUAAGUAAGUAUUCUUUGUAAUUACUUCAAAGUAUUGACUGUACCCAGUGUUACUAUUUCGUUAAAUAAUUGAGCUAAGUACAAGUUAUCUAGUCUGAGUUACCUGUUCCAAUUUCAUAUUAAGAUUCCUGUGAUACUUUUGUAAAUAUAUUUAGUGAUAAGUUGUGUAAAUAUAUUCAAAAAAUCACGUAUAUAUAUAUAUAUAUAUGCUCCAAACUGACUGCGUAAUUUACUCUAUAAUAUUCGUGUUAUUUCAUAUAAUUGAUAUACCUUAUCAAAAAAAGAGUGUAAAAUUCUGUGAGCAUAUUUUUCGUAUUUUUGCGCCCUUAUGCAUAUUUUUAUAAAUACGAGAAUUGUAAAAUUAUUAUCAAAAAAACAUAUACAGGUUCGCAUUCAGAAGUACAACUGAACAAUAAAAACCAAAGUACACAGAACAAUAUAAUAUCGCUUUUUUGUGUUGUUCACAAGUUAUUUGUUGUACAAUAUUGUCUCAUAUUUUAUUUAUUGCGGGCCUUUGAUCAGAAUACGUAAAGAGAAAUUAAUAUGACGAUCUGUAUCAAGAGAUCUCACAGACGUACACCAAACUUUGUUACGUCGAAUCAUUUGAUACAAUCAGUUCAUUCUGUUACAAAUAAAAGAAGGUAAGUCUGGGCAUUAUCAUCCUAACUAUUCUAAAUAAUUAUAAAUGCGUUUGUUUGUAUGUUACGUCUUCACGCUCUAUCAACCAAUCAGGAGAUUUUUUUUUCCUUUCUUCUAUCUUUUCCUUUAAUUCUUCCUAUAAAAAUGAAAUUCUCGCGGGCGAAGCUACGAGCCAUAGAUUAUUUCUAAUUAUUAUUUCUAAUUAUUUCUAUAAGGAAUUUGUAUAAUGUUUCUGUCGAUGAACACAUUUAUUAUUUUGAGUAUCCGCUAUCGAAGGGCGAGUGAGUUUAAUUAUUUCCGAGAAUUUGUAAUGGGUUGAUAAGAUAUUCAGACUACUGUACCCUUGAAGAUGUUGGUGGGUUCAACAAGUUUCUGCACAGAACCAAUAUUAUUAGAUUCCAUGUUCGAGAUAUCGGUCAAAUAGUUUCAACGAAAAUACUAUUCCUAAUUAUAUCUAUCUUUUGAAUUACCUAUGUGUGAUGGUAUACUGUACCUCCCUAGUUGGAUUAAUAAAAUAAUGUUUUUUAAUUAACCUUUUUUAUUAUUUAUUCUCGGAUUUCGGAUUCGACGUCAAUUUCGCAAAAUGUUUUCUCAAAUAAUACUAAUACAUUGGGGCCAGUAAUUAUGGAUACAAACAUUUUGGUAUGUAUUAGAAUCUCAAUAUAGUGUGUAUGUGUAAAAAUUUAAUAUCAUUCUGCGAAAGUGGCAUUGUUUGAAAAUUACUUUUUGCGAAAGUGACAAGAUUAUAUCAAGAUGACAUUAUGCGUAUACCUUUGCGUUGUUUUGUUCUUCUGAACCGGCAGAGGCGUGGUUUCCCAUCGCUCUAAAAAGUCGUUUUUUUUUUAUUUAUUAAUAUUGCUUAUCUAAGUAGAAAAAAUAUAUAUGCAAAGGAAUAUAAAAUAAUAAGAAAAUAUUAUAACAAUUAACACUUAAAGAAACUUGGAGUACCUAUUAAAGUUAAAUUAAAGAGUAUUAAAAUUAAAUACUUAUAUUAUAACUCUGUUCCUCUCACUUCCUGGUAGAAAGCACUCAGUGUUAAACAUUGUAAUCGAAUUAUAUAAUUUAACAUAUGGGGAAAAGCGCUAAUGAACUUUAUUAAUUAAAUAAAUUGUAUAAAUUAUAUUAUCAUAGUAAUAACAUGUCAGUAUUGCAAAUAUCGUAGGACAUAUCAAGUCAUUCCAAAUGAAUUUAUAACUAUAUAACUAUUGUAAAUAAAAUAUUAUGAAUGUUACAAUAAUUUAUUUUAAAAAAUAUUCGCUGUAAACUAAUAUUGUAAAAAAUGUUUGUGAAUCAAAUAUAUGUAAUUUUUAUGGAGACCCUUUUGAAAAUAUCAUAGAAUUGUGUGUUUUAUUAUCUAUAAAGAAAACGCAAUAAAUUUCUGGAAGCUGUGUAUAGAUAGUUUUAAACAUAAUAUAUUUAAGUCGUAAUAGAUAAUAUAAGAUAGUAAAAUUUUGGAUUGAACCAAAAAUAAUCUAAAAGAAUUUCGCAAAUUGCCUAGCCGUCUCGAGCGGGCGAUAUAAUAGGAUUAUGAUAUUGUAGAUUAAGAAGAAUACCAUAAAAACAACCAAAUUAUAAAAAUGAUUUCUAUCUAUUAAUUAAGCGUUUUUUUUUUAUAAAAUUAAAUAUGUGUCAGUUUAUUAUUAAUUAAAUGUUAUAAUUAUCUAUGACAAUUUAAGUACAGAAUAUAUAUAACAAAAAAAAAUAAAUUUAAUAAUUAUGGAAAAGCGAUUUAAUUUCAAUAUAUUUUCAUCAAAAUAAGUACAAGUUUUCGUGAUAUCUUCGAAAUUAUUUUUUCCUUAAACAAUUUCAUUUUAUUUUCGAACUAGAAACAUAAUGGCAAAUGUGUUUCGAAUGAAUUUUGACAUUUAUAUUGUUCUCUUAUUCUGCCAGUCGUGUAAUAUGAUGCCAAUUGCUUGCUUGACAUCCAGUCCUUUCUUCUUGCUUCCGGGCUAUAUUACGGGCGAAAACAGGUCUCUUACAAAAAACCCACUUUCAAUUCGGUUUAAAUCAAGAUAUUGUGAGAUUUAACCAAAUAGUUUUUAAUAAUUAAGCAGAAAACCACUUAGCCUUUUAGCUUACUUGUUUGUAAUUGAGUGUGUUAUUGCUGUAAUAACACUGGUGUCAAAUUUUACCCGGAUAGCUUAAAAAUAUACGUAUAUAUUUUACGACUGCCUACCGCCAUUUAGCCAUUUCAGUAAAUAGUAGGUUAGUACCUCCUAUUUAUUGACUACUUUACUGAAAUUAUGAUUUUUUAAAUAGCUACAAUGUGUCCCACUACUGGGUAUAAUCCUGGGAGGAUUAUAGCUCAAUAAUUAAUUCAGUUAAAAUUUGUUAUAUAUCUCGGGUUAAAAUUGUGACAGAAACAGGAAAAUUUACAAAGAGCCUUUGAAGCCCGGGAGCUUUCCCGCCUCGGCUCGGAUCACGUUCAGUCUGCGUUCAGGAACUAUUAUUUUAUUACGUGCUCCUGUGCUAUUCACAUUCCAGCUGACUCAUUGUGGCAAAAGUCAAUUUUCUUCAAUAAUUCAGUCGGAGGUCAAAAGAUUUCAUGGAAUUAGCAGGAAAUGGCCAUUUAGCAGCUAAAGUAUUGUGUAAUAUUAUAUUUGUCACAAAUUUAGGUGUUACUAAUUAAUAAUUUCAUAAAUUCACAAGUCUGUCUGCGAGCACGGCGUCUGCCACGUAAUCACGACACGUUAGCUAAAACACGAAAGAAAAGAUUCAAAAUGCCGUUAUUAUAGUUAGUGUAAAGAUAAUCAUUUUUUCGUGAUAUCCACCAGAUUUUUGAAUAAAUUUAUUUUAGUUGUUAAAACCUUGGUCAUGAGGAUCUCAGUCUUUGAACCCAUUUUAACAUGUUGAAAGGGCUCUGUCUUCAUUUUUAAACUCACGUGCAGUAUUGCAGUCAAGACUCAAUAUUUAAAACAUAACGUAAUCGUUUCGUUUUUGUUAUAAAUUACGCGUAGCACCGAAUGAAUCUAUUUGGCAUUGUCCUCGAUUAGAAAAAUAUAUGUUGCAAAUAAUAUUAAUUGCCUAUCUAAAAUCGAAUUAUUGCAUUAUAUCUGUUCAUAUCAAUAGAAUAGGUGUACCAUUAAUUGAUAUCAGUAGUCAUAUUCACAAUCACAUAGGAAUUAUGUAUAAUGAUAAUAUUAAAAAUACAAUAUAUAAUAUCAGUAAUAUCUAAAAAGUUAUUGUAAAUACGAGUGUAUUGUGUUGCCAUCUUUAUAAAAGCGCUUGUUUUCAGAAACAUGAUAUAAGUUAAUUUACUGGUUAAAAAUAGACGUUAUUUUAUAAAGUACAAGGCUCAAUUUUCCGUGGCUUAUGAAGCCGUUAAAAAAUAAUUCAGAAUUUUUACGAAUUUUUCAUUGUUACAUUUUAAAUGAAUAUACUCGAUUUUAUUUUAGUAAAUAUUGUCAAGAGAAAAUGAAUUUAUUUUGUAUUAAUGUAAUGCAAUGCUGUUUUUUAUUUUUCUCGUUGUUAAAUUACGAUUGCUUUAAAAAUAAUUUAAAAUGUGUAACAUCUCUCCAUUCGCAUGUCUAUAUAGAAGGUAUUUUUGUAGCCCGUCGCACCAGACAUUAAAAAAAGGGGAAAAAAAACAGCAAUUACAAUUCUGUCUAUAUCUUAAAACCCCGACUACAGAAGAAGGAUAAUUAUAAAUUUAAAGUCUGUCUAUCUGUAUAUCGAUCCGUGGCAUCAUAGAAGAUGAACCGAAUUUGAUCUAGAUUUUUUAUAUGAAAAAAAAUUUAAUCGAUAGUUUUUUCAGUAAUGUUGAUCUUCAGCUUUGGUAGAGAUGUUACACUUCAUACAUUAUAUUUUUGAUGUUUUGUUUAUAUCAUACAUAAAUUAAUAAAAGCAAUGUUAGUACCAGUGGAUGUUGUAAAUAGUAUUUUCUAUCAAUCUUAAUGUUUCAUAUGUGGCUUCGUUGAUAACAGAAAGUGACGCCAAAGCUGGUAUUUGGUUUAUUUAAGAGAUUUCUAGUCGAAAAUAAACUACGUUAAAAUA